UCAGAGCAGUGGCCCCAGUUCACCACAGCGUUGCGCACAGCUCGCCAAAUACACACAUAGUAGGAAAUGUGCAGCUCUUAGCAAGGAAAACGAUGUUUAAUUUAACCAUUGUUAUGUGUUGAUAUUUAAAAACUAACAUGGAGUUUAAUACUACGCUAUCAGGACGCAACUUCAUAGACUUGCGCAUUUUAACGCAGAAACUUCUCUCUUCGGCGAACCGGUCCCUGUCAUUUCUGGACAAUGAAACGGAAAGCGUCUCCGAGGAGGAUUUGGACGUAAAUACAGACAUCUAUUCUAAAGUUUUUGUUACUGUGAUUUAUGUGGUGUUGUUUGUAAUCGGACUUUUUGGGAACUCGAUCACCCUGUACACACUUCUCACGAAGAAAUCUCUUCAAAACCUCCAGAGUACGGUGCACUAUCACCUGGCGAGUCUGGCCAUAUCCGAUCUGCUCAUCUUGAUCCUCUGCAUGCCCAUUGAGUUAUACAACUUUAUCUGGGUUCAUCACCCGUGGGCUUUUGGGGAGGCUGUUUGUAAAGGGUACUACUUUCUGCGGGACGGCUGCUCGUAUGCGACGGCGUUCAACAUCGCCAGCCUGAGCGUGGAGCGCUUCAUGGCCAUCUGCCACCCGUUUAAGGCGAAGAGCAUCAUGUCGCGGAGCCGCACCAAGAAACUCAUCAGCGCUAUGUGGGUCGCGUCUUUUCUCCUGGCCACUCCGAUGCUCUUCACCAUGGGGCAGCGACUGAUAAAAGACGAAUUUAUAUGCACCACUAUCGUGUCCUCGAUCACUGCUAAAAGCGUCCUACAGGUGAAUGCCUUCCUGUCCUUUGUGGUUCCCAUGGCAGUGAUCUCAGCAUUAAAUGGUGUUAUAGCCAGCCAGUUGCUGCGCAUGUUUCGGGAGUCUGCUCAGGACAAUCGCAUCUGUAUCAUCGGAGGCAACGCUACCAUGCUCAGUGUUGCUGUUGAACCCAACCGUGCCCAAUCAAUGCGCCAUGGAGUCAUGGUGCUGCGUGCCGUGGUCAUUGCUUUUGUGGUGUGCUGGCUGCCAUAUCAUGCUCGAAGACUAAUGUACUGCUAUGUCACUGAAUGGACAACAGCUCUCUUCGAUUUCUAUCACUACUUCUACAUGAUCACCAAUGUGCUCUUUUAUGUCAGCUCGGCCAUCAACCCCAUCCUCUACAACCUCGUCUCGGCCAAUUACCGGCAAAUAUUUUUUUCCACGCUUCGCUACAUAAUCCUGCCAUGCCGCCAUAAGAAACAGAAGCGCGUUCUCACCAGACACUCAAUCAGCAUCUGCAGCAACCAGACCUUCUCCACCAGUGUCAUCAAAGAAACCAUUUACUGAACGCUGUCAAGAUUCAGCCAAUCCAUUCCUCUAUUUCACUCAGCCAAGGAGAGACCGCUGAAGCGAAGAAUGUUUUCAUACUGAGUUAUUAUUACAAGAAUUAAUAAUAUCCAUGCUACUGAAUCACCAUAUUGAGCUUUUAAACAGUGCAGAACUGGCACCAGAGACGCAUACAAUGUUUAUAUGAGGAAAUGUAGCACAAAAUACACACAAAAAAACAAAGAACUAUGUGCAGAACCAGUGUAAAUACAAAAAAGCUAAUGUAUAUCCAGAUGUAUUCAUUGUUUCUCAUUCAGAGUAUAAAAUGUAUAUCUAUGUUGUGCAGCUAAAAGAGUGAAAAUAGAAAAUAUAUAUAUAUAUAUAUAUAUAUAUUAUGAAGGGAACAUACUGCAGACAGUCGUUGUUGUGUACACAGAGUCUUUAUAUCCAGCUUAUGUAAUUUACUAACUGUGAACACAAGGACAUUUUGAAUUUUAUUUCAUUCACUGACACACAACAGGGGCUUUCAAAGAGGAGGCUGCUGCAUAGUCAAAGAAGUGACUUUUGCUCGCAACACACAAAGACAUUGUCACCAUUCCAGUGCCUUAGCAACAGUCUAUGUGCUAAAAGGCAGCACUCUCAUGUGCAACUGGAGAAGAAUGCAGGGUGACGAAAUAGAAAUGAUUCUCUCAUUCGAAGGUAGCUUCAUUUGUACACUGCCUUGUUCUGCAAUUUGCAGAGAGGAGAGAGUCUUCAGAUUGAAAUGAUAGAAUAUCCAACAGGCUCAUUGUAAAAAUGUAAACGUAAACCAAGUAAAAAAGAUUGUAUAAUAGGUAUACAGUAAACCAUUAAGGUUUUACAUUAUUGCAUUCAAAACAUAAUACAGCAUAAACCUUUCAGCACCACUCACCAGAACAUUUCAUUUCUAUCGCUUUCCAAAUUCAGGUUCAGUGUCAGCAUUACUCAGCGGGCAUUUCACUUUCAACAUGCCACAAAUGUGCAAAUAAGCAAUUUUGCAUAAAUGUUGCCACAGGCAUGAUUUUCCCGUGAGCAUUGGUUGAGAAUAUUUGUUGCUGAAGGAAAACGGAAACGCAGCAUAAAAUGUUCGGCUCAUCUCUUAUAAACUCUGUUCAAAGACUUGUGGACCCUGUUGAGAUGAGCUUUAUAUCAAACACAAGUCAGAGGGAACAAUUUAGAGAGAGAUGAAUGGACUAGAAGAGUAUAUAGAGGGUCUGUGACAAUGAUAAUAAUGAUGGAUGAUAAUGGAUAAUGGAAUAUGAUAAUACUAAAGAAAGUUCAAGACAGCUGCUUUUUUCUUGUGCCUUAGAGGUGAGGAGGAGUAAGCUCUCUAGUUCAUGUUGCUGUAUCAAUAACAGAUUUUGUAUUAAAUCAUGUUUAUACAAAAUUACAGUAAAAAAGGGUAGAAAGUUUGUUUAAUGUUCCAAAAACUGUCCUAACUUGACAUUGACCAUUGAAAAGUGAAAGUAUUCUAAAACAAAGUAGUUAUCAAGAUAAAGUAAGUAAUAUUCAUCUGGUCAUGUGAAUGAAACAUGACUGCCACAUGAUUUGACCACUUCCAAUUAAAAUAAAGCUUUUGUUAGGCUCCUGAUAUGACUGGAUUUUUAUGUAUAUACAGUAUGGACCACAUUUUAGUGCCGUCUUGAAAUCCAUCCACAUGAACCAUCAUGAGUAAACUCUAGAGAGCUUGGUGGAUAUUCACAGCAGGGAGGAAGCUGAGCACUUGAGCGAGUUUCAGACCAGUGUGUUGAAAUAUACAGAAUGGAAAAAGUGUGGGUUUGAUGGCCAGGGCUAUAAUGGUACAACCAGCAACGUAAAAAGAAAAAAAAAA